ACUCUCAAUGUCCCCGCACCUCAGAACCCCACAGAAUGCGUACCGUACUUGAUAACCUGGUCCGGGGGCACACCGCCGUACACGCUCUCUAUCGUCUCGCCACGGGCUCCGCCCGACAGCGUCUUUUCCAACCUCGAUGUAACCUCCUUCACCUGGGCGGCUAAUAUUCCUGCGUCAUUUUCGGUCGCCUUCAAAGUCGUGGAGGCCACCGGGAGCUCCGUUACGACCAGCGCCGUCACGAUGCACAAGGGAGACGAUGAGAGUUGUUUGGAUAGCUCAGCCGGGUCCGCGUCGCAGCCAAGCGACCCCUCCACAUCCUCGUCGGCACCUCCACCAUCCCCUUCCCCGUCUCCUUCACCGACGUCUCCUUCCACGACUACGACAAGUACCACGUCCACGGAUUCACCCUCUCCGACGUCACAAUCC